GGGCGGUGGACAGAGCUGCCUUCUCCCACUCCCCUUUUUGAAGGUUGAAGGCCAGGCUCGGCUCCUCCCAUCGUCUCUUGGCUGCGGGCGUCCCCCGUUUUCCCCGGCUGAAAGGCAGCAUUUCAUACCGGGAGCGCUCCCUUACCCUGCCCUGCUAUUUUUAGCAUCGGCCGCCGGAAUAUGAAGCAGUGGAUUGGAGUGUAAACUCAGGGGCUGGUCUGUGCAGUAAUCGGAGGGGGAGGAGAGAAAGGGAGGGAGGGCAAUCAGGCAGGCAGACUCUGCCUUUGCAAUAAAAAGGAAGGAGGGACAUUAACAGCGGUCGGUACUGCUUUUUUUUUGUUGAAGAGCAGUAACGCAGAUCGCUUGUGGAUCUCUCUCUCUCUCUCUCUCUGUGUGUGAGAGAGAGAAUGGCAGGGGUUCGCUAACAGACCAGCCCGAGGGAGGGGGCACCACUUCAGCCUUGACAUGUUGACCAGAGCUGUGUAGAAAGAAGGCAGCUACAACAGCAGCAGCAGCAGCGACUUGGGACCAUCACCUUCCUCAUCUCAUGCCCAUCCAUCCAUGUGCAUCGAAUUUAAAACAAAACCAAAGGAGACAGAUUCACUGCUUCGCAUUAAAUUUGAAAAUACUGCUAAACAUUUACUUGAGGAUGGCAACCCUACAUCAGCAUUUAAAAGCAAAUCUGAUGUUAAAUGUGUUUAUUACAGGGUGGCUGUCACUGUCCAUGAAAAACUAAUACUGAAAUGUUGUCCAAUGACCCAACAUUUUUUUCAGAACUUGACUCAUCUCCUCCUGUAUCCAGCCUUUUCUGAAAAUUGUAGGAAUAUUAUCAGGUUAUAUUAAGACAUGGCAACGAGUGCUGUUCCAAGUGAUAAUCUCCCCACGUACAAACUUGUGGUGGUGGGUGAUGGUGGCGUUGGAAAAAGUGCUCUCACUAUCCAAUUCUUUCAGAAGAUAUUUGUGCCAGAUUAUGACCCAACCAUUGAAGACUCUUACUUGAAACACACAGAAAUCGAUGGGCAGUGGGCCAUUCUGGAUGUGCUUGAUACAGCGGGUCAAGAGGAGUUCAGUGCUAUGAGGGAGCAGUACAUGAGGACGGGGGAUGGGUUCCUCAUCGUCUAUUCAGUCACUGACAAGGCCAGCUUUGAACACGUGGACAGGUUUCACCAGCUGAUAUUGCGGGUCAAAGAUAGGUGA